AACAUGUCCCAGAAGGAUCCCUGCCAGAAACAAGCCUGUGAAAUACAGAAAUGCUUGCAAGCGAACAACUACCUGGAGUCCAAGUGUGAAGCUGCGCUUCAGGAGAUGCGGAAAUGCUGCGCUCGGUACACCAAGGGCAGAUCCGUCUGUUGUUCAGGGUUUGAGAGAGAAGAAAGGGAGAGAGAAAAGCUUAAGUUGACUUCAAAAGGAAUUUCCCCACCACCUCAGUAACACAAUGCAGCUCCAGCAGGUGCUGGAGCAUGGACUCACUUGAAGAGCUCAUGUGUGUUUUUUCAAGCCUUCUUUAGACUUUCAGAAAAGCCAGAUUGCUCCUGGAACACACUGUUCAGCACACCAAAAAGCAUUACACAGUACCAACAUAUGGCCUGGUUAACAAACUUUAUUUUCUGUAUGAAAACAUAAUCUAUGUUGCCUCUGCACCACACCUGUGAAAUGUCAACUUGAUAUUUUUAGGAUGCUUACCUUACUCUAAUCCAUCCUUGCUCUAAAAAUGGAGAAUUGGAACCGAGUUGUUCUGGCUUCUGGAGCGAGAGGUACAGGAAAUGAGCUCAGAAGAGUGAGUUUAAAUGUGAAACAAACCCAUCUUGACACAACAAAGGUAUUGCUGCCACCAUGCAGUAGUUCCAGACAACAUUUUCCUGUCCAGUGGUUCAAGCUCAAGAAUGGGAAUCAGGUCUGAUGAUUGUUCCUAAGUCUUGUAUAGAUCAUGAGUGACUACAAGUCACUUUGCCUAAGUGCCUCACUUUUCCACUGGACAGAGUUGUUUAUUUUAUAUUUGAAUUGCCUACACGCUGCUAUUUGCAUGAUAAAGAUGUUACAGGAAUAUAAUUUCAGGGAUUGCUACAGGGAUAGGAUAUUUUUUUAAAAAGCAAUAUUCAUUUGAAAGAUUUGACUGUUGAUACAAAAUUUAUAAAUUUAUGUCUAAUUGAACACCUUUAAGCAAUAUGCUUUGAAUCCAAGUCCAGUUAAAACUGCUGAUACCCAAAGGCCUGUCACAGAGCCCUGGGCUAGAUCCAAGAACUGACUUAGGUGCUGCUUACUGAACAAGCAGUUGUAGGCAGUUAUUUUCCACUCAGCAUUCCAGACUCACUCCCAAGCCGGCUGUGUCUGGACCCCAGGAGAGAUGGCUUUCCAGAAGCUCUCGGCCAUGCAGCAGAAUUUCCUGUGACCUGUAGGAAGAGCUCAUAGACAGGUUCCUGCACCACCCUUCAGAGCUGCCUGUAGCAGGAGUCCAGGCACCCAAAGAUCAGGCUCCCAACCCACUAGCCCUAACUCUGUAUUAGAUCUAGCCGUAAAGGACUUUUGUGCUGUGAUCAAGUACGACUUACUUAUGAAAUAGAGCUUCUAUAAACCACUGAGGUCUAGGCACAAUAGUUGUGUGUACUGAAGCCUAGAAGAGCAAACCAUCUGUAUUCACUGCUCUGAAAUACCAUGGUACAAAAUAAACAACUGGAACGAA